AUGUCUUCCGACCAGAACCGGAGAUGGGUUUACCUUUGGCCCAUAGCUUAUCGCCAGGAAGAGAGACAAACCCUCGAGGUCAGCGUCCACACCCUUCAUCCUAAGAGGCGUAACUGGUGGUACUCUGAGUCCCAUGGCCAAACUACUUCCAUCGUUAUAUACACAGAUAUCGAAGGGAGAGAGUGCACUAUAAUUCCAAUACCAAUACGGCGCAGCACUUGUAACCCCCGGGAGUUGACCUUCCUGCGACCGAUCUCCAGAUGGCUCCAGGUCUGCACCCAGGACCACAGCGGCUGCUGGAGCGAAGGAGUGCCGUUACCUGCUCGAGUCCUCGACGUGAGCGUCGCCACUGACUCAGACGACCGUGUCAGCCUUUACGCUUCAAGAGGCGAAACAGGCGUAUAUGCGUCUCUUUCAUACUGCUGGGGCGAUGCUUUACCGCUACGGACGACUCAAAGCACAUACCGCGAUCGGCAAAACGGCAUAUCGUUCCACCAGCUGCCUAGAACCCUGCAGGACGCUGUCACAGUAACUCGGGCGUUGGGGAUCAAGUAUUUGUGGAUCGACGCCCUCUGCAUUGUUCAGGACAGUCAGGAGGACUGGGAAAUCCAGUCCAGCAACAUGGCCGCCAUCUACAAAAAUGCUUAUGUUGUCAUUGCCGCCGAUAUCGCCAAGGACUGCAAUAGCGGGUUUUUGCCCCGGAAAUCACAGCAAACAUCAGAGCGGGUCCUUGCCAAAGUCGCCUCGUCGAGCGACGACUCAGAGUGUGUCAUUUAUGGGCGAGUGCUACGAAAACACGGAGGAGCGGAGAGCUCUUCCGGAGGCUUCUCGGCGGAGUCUAUUCGACCGCUCGGUGAAAGAGCUUGGACUCUCCAAGAGGAGGUGUUAGCAUCAAGAAUCAUUCACUUCGCUCAUGACGAACUGUACUGGGAAUGCCAGUCCGACUCUCUCUGCGAAUGUAUGGAUAUGGAUCAGGAUAAAACGACAUUUUCUCCGGCCUCUUGGAGUCCCAGGGCGGUUUUCAGCCGCUGUCGAGACUCCAAAAACGCCAAAGAAACAUUUUCGUCCUGGACUAGACUGGUUCAGAACUACAGGAGGAGGAACAUUACGAAAAGGAUGGACCGUCUUCCCGCAUUAUCUGGCAUCGUGAAAGAGAUCUCCGACGCCGGAGAACAUGGGCGAUAUCUUGCCGGUCUGUGGAGCGCGCACUUGCCCGAGGCACUGCUGUGGGGGGCUCGAGCUUCCUAUGCGCGACGAGUCUUUCCUUAUAGAGCUCCUUCGUGGUCUUGGGCUUGCCUGGAAAAGUCUCCCGGUUACGACGAAUCCGAUUUCAUAAUCGACUAUGGCACUACACUGGAAAAGGUUUACACAACCAUACUCGAAACGGAGUGUACACCGAGCGGAAAAGACCCCUUCGGCACAGUUUCAGGGGGGCAAAUUAGGCUUACUGCGCCGCUACUCGAGGUCUAA